AUGGAAACCAAACUAGCAUCAGGUCUACGUAGAAUGGAAAAAUGGGGUUGGGGCUUAUCUAAAUCUGAAGUGAUUGACAUAGUGUCAGAGUUUAUAAAGAGAAAUAAAAUAAAAACUCCAUUCAUAAAUGAUAUACCGGGGAACGAUUGGUUUCUUUCGUUCCGAAAGCGGCACAAGCUAUCCAUUAAAAAACCUCAACCAAUAGAGUACCUCCGAAAACGCAUGACAGAUCCUUUUGUAAUACACGAGUAUUUCACUUUACUAGGAAGCACCCUUGAGAAGUUGAACCUAAACGACCCGCAUAGGAUUUGGAAUUUAGACGAGACCUCUGUAUGUUUAGAUCCAACAAAAACGAAAGUUGUUGGCGCAGUAGGUGCACCAUGCACAAGGACAACGGCUGGAUCUGCAAAAGAAAAUAUUACCGUGUUAACGACUGUCAACGCGGUUGGCAUCAAAUUGAAUCCUUUAAUUGUAUUUAAAGGGAGCUACGUAUAUGACCAAUGGAUGGCAGAUCAAAAUGAAGAAUAUGAUUUUGAAGUUGCUUAUGCUUCUAGCAAACGCGGUUGGAUGGAGACCGAAAUAUUUUAUAAUUACAUGGUUAAGGUCAUAAUUCCAAGUUUAGGAGAAGAAAAACCAGUGCUCUUAAUUUACGAUGGUCAUAGCACCCACGUUGACGAACGAGUCGUAGCAUUAGCAGUAGAAAACAACAUAACCAUUUUAAAACUGCCUGCUCAUACAUCUCACUUGCUACAACCUUUAGACUUAGCGGUCUUCAAGUCAUUUAAAAGUAUUUGGGACAAAAAACUUGUGGAAUGGCAACGCCAAAAUGUCGGAUUUAAAAUACGUAAGAAAGAGUUUGCUGAAAUGUUUGCACAAGCAUGGAGUCAAACAACACCAAAAGUGAUUCAAAAUGGCUUUAUGAAAGGAGGUAUUUACCCGUUUGACCCAAAUGUUAUACCAAAAGAAAAAUAUGACCCAGCGGCUUAUAAAAGAUGGCAAAAUGAAAUGAUAUAUAAAGGUGGGCAAAGAAAUUUAGCAAAACUCAAAUCGCUGAAUCAGUCAUGUAUAGACGUCUUAAACAAAGAAAUGAAGAUUGAUCGUAAACUUCAGGACAUUAUUCACGUUAGCCCUGAAAAUCGUGCAGAGUCGGUGAAUUACGCAAAAGGAGCGGAAGUUAUAACACAUACAUAUUUGGAGAAAAAAAACGUAAAAAAUCAGAUCACAGUAGAAAAAGAACCACAAAUUCAAAAUUCAGAAUCAAACUCCCAUGUACACAUUGAUGAUCAUCAAGAACCUGGACCAUCGGGAAUAUCAAAAGAAAAGUGUUCGAUUAAGGUAAAAAAUAAUAAGCCUAAGAAUGUUACAAAGAAUAAAAAAGAAAAAAACAGCAAAAACACGAAGUCAAAAUCUGGGAUGAAAAAAGGAGUAAAUAAAAAAUGUUUAACAAAUAACACAUCUACAGAAGUCUUAGAUCUUUACAAUAAACAAAUUAUACCAAACGAGAACUCUCCAACUCAACGAAUCAAUAUUAAGACUGAAGGUUGUUUGAAGAAAGGUAUUCUCAAACAAAAAAGAAAACCUUUAAAAAGACAAGCCAAAAACUUGCAGAGGUCUUUAAGCACGACGUCUGAAAGCUGUGAAAUGAGCUCACACAGUGAUUCUGAUUUACAAGGCAUAUUAAGCGAUAAUUCUAAAUUUGUCAUGUCUGAUUGGUCGGACAUAGAUGAUGAAAACCAAAGAAGAAACACUGAUCUAGAUUCUAUUAAAGACAUCAGACAUUGA